CUCUACACAACGGCAAGCAUCAUGUCGAGCAACGUCGAGCAAGCUCUGGGCCACGAAGGCAAGCCUUUCGCCGUGUCGUGGAACACCCGCGACCUCCUCCUCUACGCUGUCGGCAUUGGCGCCAAGGUUGACGAGCUCGCCUUUACCUACGAGGACGACCCCAAGUUCCACCCGUUCCCCACGUACCCGCUCGUACUCGGCCUCAAGGGCGACGGCCAGUCGACCGUCAACUUCGCCCAGGCCAAGGACCGCUCUGGCCCGACGCCGGGCCUCCCCGCCCUCGACCCGAAGCGCGUCGUCCACGCCGAGCAGAGCAUCGAGAUCCUCGGCGAGCUGCCGAGCGACAGCGGCAAGGGCUGGACCCUCAAGGAUCGCUGCGUCGGCGUCAAGGACACGGGCAAGGGCCUCAUCAUCGACACGGCGCUCGAGCUCCUCGACCCGUCGGGCAAGGUCGUCGUGCGCAUGAUCUCGUCGGGCUACGGCUUCUACUCGGGCAAGUCGAACCUGAACGGGUUCGCCAAGAGCAUCGCGCCCAAGCAGCCGCUCAAGGGCGGCAAGCCUCCUCAGCGCACGCCCGACUUUGUCUUUUCGGAGCGCACGACGCCCGAGCAGGCGGCCGUCUACCGCUUGUCGGGCGACUACAACCCGCUCCACAUCGACGCCUCGGUCGGCGAGGCGCUCGGGUUCGGCGGCGUCAUCCUCCACGGCCUGUGCUCGUACGGCCACGCGGCGCGCGCCGUCGUCCUCAACGUCGCCAAGGGUGACGGUCGCAGGCUCAAGUACAUGAGCGCCCGCUUCACGUCGCCCGUCAAGCCCGGUGACGAGCUCGAGACGUCCAUGUGGGUCUCGUCCGACGCCGCCUCGGGCGGGCAGCGCGUCGACUUUGUCCAGAAGAUCAAGGGCACGGGCAAGGUGUGCCUCGGCGGCGGCGUCGCGCUCGUCCUCGCCGAGGGCAAGAGCAGCAAGCUCUAGAGCGUCUGUGCGGGUCACUCGUCUCUCUCUCUCUCUCCGUAUAGUGCGUCCGUGCAAGUCUGUGCCCCUCUUU